AUGCCAACUGAUGGGGACAGUAUGCCAACUGAUGAGAACAGUAUGCCAACUGAUGGGGACAGUAUUCCAACUGAUGGGGGCAAUAUGCCAACUGAUGGGGGCAAUAUGCCAACUGAUGGGGACAGUAUGCCAACUGAUGGGAACAGUAUGCCAACUGAUGGGAACAGUAUGCCAACUGAUGGGGGCAAUAUGCCAACUGAUGGGGACAGUAUGCCAACUGAUGGGAACAGUAUGCCAACUGAUGGGAACAGUAUGCCAACUGAUGGGGGCAAUAUGCCAACUGAUGGGAACAGUAUGCCAACUGAUGGGGGACAGUAUGCCAACUGA